AGCCCGUCGAGGCAGUCCAACAGAGAGGUCGCGCAGCGCAGUAAAAUUAAUUUAUUCCUGCAGAAUUGGCCAGUCAGUGGAUGAAAUUCCUUCUUUGAGCUCUCUUCUUGGAUCACGUACGUCACAGCUGGAGCACAACUGUAGGGUAUUCUCUUAACCAUCAUCCCAGUUCUCCGUUCAAUGCCUAACACUGUGGAAAGUGAAGGCGCCAAGGUAUCUGCUAGGACUGAUCAGGAGGCCCCAUCACGGGCCCCGGCCAGAGAGGAUGAGCGUCAGCACAGCUUCCUGAGUCCGAUGACGUGUGAUGCGCUGCGGGUACGACGGGCCUCCAGCGCAGAGCUCCAGCUUCCAUGGACCUGCCCUGUAACACACUCCCGAGAGAAGUUCUACACCGUCUGCUCGGACUAUGCGCUGCUCAACCGAGCCCGACCCAUUAUCACAUCUGAAGAUGCGCCACCGACCAAUGCAGACACCACAGCAUUAGUCAAGACCAGCGCUACAACCCCUUCCCAGAGUCACUCAGGGGGGAAAAGUGUGUCUUCAGAUGGGAACUGUGAUAUGGAGGUUGUGUCAUCCAGCAACAAGCCUGUGCUCGCCUGGGAGAUUGACACCUCUGAUUUUGACGCGGUUUUAACACGGAAAGCCAAAACAAGUAAUUUAAAGAAAUUCAACUCUAAGAAAAUGAAAUCAUCUGACAGGCCAAGCAGAAACCUGCAAGAUCUCCCAGCACAAGCUUCUCUGGAGGAGAUCAAACAGAGAAAAGUCUUGGACCUCCGUAGAUGGUACUGCAUCAGCCGCCCCCAAUAUAAGACAUCAUGUGGAAUCUCCUCACUUGUCUCCUGUUGGAACUUUCUCUACAGUACUUUAGGAGCAGGCAGUCUCCCACCUAUUUCUCAAGAAGAAGCCCUGCACAUACUUGGUUUCCAGCCUCCGUUUGAAGAUAUCAAGUUUGGACCAUUCACUGGCAAUGCCACUUUGAUGCGAUGGUUCAGACAAAUCAACGAUAAUUUCCGUGUCCGGGGAUGCUCUUACAUUCUGUACAAACCUCAUGGAAAGCACAAGACAGCGGGAGAGACAGCUGAGGGGGCACUGCUGAAGCUGACGCAGGGACUUAAAGACGAAUCCAUGGCCUACGUUUACCAUUGUCAGAAUCACUACUUCUGUCCUGUGGGCUAUGAAGCUACUCCACUAAAAGCAGCCAAAGCUUACAGGGGGCCACUGCACCUUAAUGAGAUGGAGCACUGGAUUCUGAUUGGUGAACCAAGCAGGAAACACCCUGCAAUCCACUGUAAAAAAUGGGCAGAUAUAGUGACGGAUCUGAACACCCAAAACCCAGAAUACUUCGACAUUCGCCACAUAGAGAGAGGCAUUCAGUAUCGCAAAACCAAAAAGGUUGGAGGCAAUCUGCAUUGCAUCAUGGCCUUCCAGAGAGUCAACUGGCAAAAGUUGGGACCAUGGGCACUGAAUUUGGAAAAUCUGAGGCAUGAUCUCCACCAUCAGGCUCCAGAACACAGAGGUCAAGCUGCGCCAGAGGACGCUUCUGAGGAGCGAGCGGUGAAAUGUCUGGGCAGAUCCCUCAGUACGGGGAACAAGUCUGAGGAUGCCUGGAAGCGUUUGUCCAACACAGCAGAGUACAGGCACAGAAGCUCUCCAGACAGUGACCUAGAUGAAGACAUAACUGACUAAAUCUAAAGUGUCCACCCCUCC